AUGAGGUCUUAUAAUAUGAUAGCUUGUAAAAUUCCUGAGACAGCUUUGAUUUCAAGAAAUGCAAUCAUAAAUAAACGCAUGGAUAAUUUGUUUAGAGACUCUAAUAAUGUAUCUAAAGACUAUUUAUAUGAAUCACAAGGAAAUGCGACUAGGGAACUGCAUUUCAGUGAAUAUCAUUCAAGAAAAUUGGCUCAAAAACAAAAUGAUAAUAUUAAACCAGUAGAUAAACAUACUUUGAGUGGUGGAAUAUUUGAAAGAGUAAAGGUAAGACACGAUGAUGAAAAAUAUAUGAUUAUUAAUGGAAUGUAUUUAGGCAUGAAAAGUGAAUUGAUGAAUUCUCCUUCAUUAGAUAUUUUCUCUCCUGAAUUUAGAACUUUAUUAUGGGAAAGGUGGACUGAAUAUUCAAAUAUUAGAAUAAUUUCAUUGGAAAAAAAAGAACAUAUAGAAUUUGAUAUGCUGGAGAAAACUCCCAAUUUACAUAUGUGUGUUUUAACUCUAUCCAGUUCUUUCCUUAAGAAAUAUCUUGACUUACGUGGGGAAUUAAGUAAAAAUUUUGGUUUUUUUUUAAGAUAUAUAUACAUUCUGCUUAAAUAUAUAUUUGAUUUAGAAGGUAAAAAUAGCAAUACUAUCGAUUUUAAUGAUGUUUUAUUAGAUGGAGUAUUAGGAAUUCCAAAUGCAGAAUUUAUAAAUGAUAAUGAAAGUAUUAUAAUAUAUUUAAAAAAUGCAUCAAAAUUACCAAAGAAUAAAAAAGAUAGAUUAAAAAAUUCAAAAGUUCUUGAAGCAUUAAAUGAUUUAAUAGGAUCGAUAGACAUUUCGGAGGUAUCUUGA